AUGAAUACGAAUGAUAAUACACAAGUCAAAAAUGCUCAAUUAUUUAAAACACGUGUGAAUCGAAUUCCAAAUGAUGAAAUGGCAAAGGUGAUGAAAAAUCCAUGGGAUCCUUUACACUCUUCGGAUUGGGAUGAAUGUAUUCCAACUGCUAUUUGUUUAAGAAGAAUUCAACGUGAAAUUUCUUUCAUUUUGAAAGAUUCCCCACCGGGAAUAUUUAUUGAUCCUGAUCCUGAUAAUAUUACAAAGAUUCAUGCUCUUAUCGUCGGUCCAUCUGAUACACCAUAUGAAAACAGAUUCUUUUAUUUUAUAAUACGUUGUCCACCUGAUUAUCCAUUUCAACCUCCUCGCUGUCGUUUCAUGACAACUGCAAAUAAUACAGUUCGUUUGAAUCCAAAUCUUUAUCAAAAUGGCAAAGUUUGUGUAUCGAUUCUCGGUACUAUGACUGGACCAUCAUGGGCUGCAGGUCUAACCUUGGAAUCCGUAAUUCUUUCGAUUCAAUCGUUGUUAUCCGAAAAUCCAUACCACAAUGCACCAGGUUUUACCAAAGAACGUCGAUUAGGUGAUUCGAAAGCCUAUAAAGAAAUGUUACAACACGAAACACUCCGUGUUGCUGUCUGUGAAAUGCUUGAAACUACUAAUUCAGUGCCGCAACAAUUACGUGAAAUUAUGAUAAAGCAAUUUUUGAAGUUCUACGAUUAUUAUAUUCAUGUAUGUAAAAAAAAUACAGAUAAAGAUGGUCAACAAAUGAUGGAUCCAUUUAGUAAAAAUUGUGGUUUAUUUCAAUAUUCAUCAAUACUAACGCGUUUGCAACAGUUAAAAAGUGAACUAGAAAGUAACAAAUGCUACAGUGAAGAACAGCAGCAGGUCGAUUUAGAUAUUAAUAAAAAUAUGGGCUCUUCGGUUAAUAUUGCUUUAAAUAGACCAUCGGAUUGUGCAAUAGUCGCAGAUGAAAAAGUUUCUGAUAAUGAAGGAAAAGUGAAGCAUGAUCAAGAUGAAGUAAAAGAAGAACAUGGCAAUGAUAUUCAAUCACUAAAUCUAUCGGAAAACAGACUGACCUAUCUAUGUUGA